AUGGCGAGACAAACAGCUGUGCAGGAGUGCGGAGCGAGGCAGCCGCAGAUCGACCAACAUCGCGCCACCAUGGACGGAGAGCAGUCGCGCGUCGUCGCCCUUCUUGACUCCCUGCUGUUCAUCAGCAGGUCCGAUGCGCCGAUGGGGAUGUGGGUGAAGUUUGUGCGUUACCUGGCGGAGGGGGGCGUGCCUGGCUUCCCGAAGAAGGGGUACGGCACCUACUACACCACGGAGGCACUCGCGGCAAAAACAGCGGCCGAGAAGAUUCAGGCGUUCAAUGUCAUUGACACGGUGAUUCGCACCGUGGGCAUUCAUUCCGUCUGGUGGCUUUCGUGGGGCGACGCAGUGCUCAGGCUUGUCGCGGUGCUUCCGGCACUCAUCGUGAUGCUGAAGGAGUGGGACGCGAACCUCUAUGCUCUGGUUACGAGUUACAGGUUUCAUUUCCUUCUCUUCUUCAUUGCUGAUGUGCUUGAGCAGCUCAACAUCCUGAACCGGGUGUUCCAGCAAAAGGAGCUUGACUAUGCCGGCGUGCAUGCGCAGAUCAAGCGCACGACGUCCCACAUCGAGAGCCGCUACAUUGAUUGCGGCGACGACUUCGGUGGCGGCGUGAGCGAGCUGCUGUCCCCCUUCAUCGCGCGCCAUGGGCCAGGAGGAAACCGGGAGGUGAAAGUUGAAGGCAUUGACUCAGACGGCCGUCCAGCACGCUUCAAAUUCAUGCUACAUGAGGACGAGCUGGAGGAGUUCGAAAGGCCCGGGACCCAUGACGACUGCGUGUCACUCUGCACGGAGUUCGCGGAGGUGAUUGUUCACCAGCUCGAGCAUCGGCUAGGCGACCUGGAUGGGAUGUCCGGGGUGAAGCUGUUCCUGCCAGACGAGUACCCGCUGGAUCGAGCCGAGAGGAAACGGAGGUGCCUUCAGUGGCUACAGUCGCUGGUCACUUUGUUCAAGGCUGACCUGACGGAGGAGAUCGUGCCAGCUGUCAUGCUGAAGGAUGCACGGCUGGGCGAACUCAUGUGCAUGAGCCUCAUGGACUAUGAGCCCAACUGGGAGGAGAUCGUGACAAUCUGGAGGGCCUGCAAGAAGCGCAAGCCCCACAGCAACGCUCCUCUCCCGCCUGCGGAAAAGCAACAGAACAAGGCCAAGGAGGCAGAGGAGGUGAUGGAAGUAGAAGACAUAGAGCAGGAUGAUGAUGCAUCCGAUAGUGAUGAUGAUGGAUUUGAUGAGUAG